ACGCGAGAGCGCGCGCGGGUUGGUCCGUCGUCGACGUUGCUCGGUGCGUUCAGUGAGGAAGUUUUUAUUUUAAUCGCGGCGGUUUCGCCCGCUGCUCUUCGAUUUCGUUGCCGGUGAGAAGUGUCGACAUCUCUUUUAAUCAAGCGCGUCCUCCGGAGCUGCUCUUUCUGUGUCGUGCGCGCGGCUGCGAAAGGCUACACACAAAAAAUAACUGGAAGGAAAACAGGCGCUCCGAAGCCCCACUGCGCCGGCAGUGUCUGAUCUUACGCCUCCGACUGAGGAUCGAGGAAAUUGAUCAGGCGGAGAAAACGAAAAGUGCCGGUGGUUUCGGCGCGCCGUACCCGAGCCGACGUUAAAGCCCCGUGAAGACGAGACGCAAGGAGCCAGCCAAGCUCGGAGCGGACGAAGACACCUGCUGUUGCCGCGAAAGCGGCUGAAGAAGGAUCCGUGCGAUCAUUGUUCGUCGCGGGUGUUUUCGCGUCUGCCAGUGACCUUCAUAAGCUCCGUCGUGUAGUUGUGUGUUCGUGCGUGGUCGCAACGCUACACCCUGAAGGAGACGACGAGAGAGAGAGUCGACUAGAAAAAAAAAAGAAGAAAAGAAAUUGACAGUUCCGCGCGGCACGCGCGACGAAUCUCCGCUAGCGAAGCAAGGAGAAGAUUCAGUUGGGAAAAGCAUCGAGCCAUGGAUUCGGUGAAGACUCCGAGCAAGAAGAUUCCGAUACACCUGAAGAGUGCCCAGACCCGUGUGGUGAUAAAGGGCGGCAAGGUAAUCAACGAUGACAUGAUCGUCGAUGGAGACGUCUACAUCGAAGAUGGCAUCAUAAAGCAAGUUGGCAAGGACCUCAUCAUACCGGGAGGUACCCGGACCAUCGAUGCCAAAGGACAACUGGUCAUACCAGGUGGAAUCGACACUGCCACUCACUUUCAGCUCCCCCUGCCCAGCGGCGUCAAGUCGGCCGACGACUUCUACACGGGCACCCGAGCUGCCGUCUCCGGAGGGACCACCAUGAUCAUUGACUGCGUUCUGGACACCACGUGCUCUCCGCUGGAGGCCUUCGAGAAGUGGAAAAGCUGGGCCGACGAGAAGGUGUGCUGCGACUACGGCCUUCAGCUGGCCGUCACCUCUUUCGACCCGAAGACAAAGGAAGAGCUCGAGACGCUCGUCAAGGACAAAGGUGUGAACGCCUUCAGGGCUUACCUCAGCAUGGAGUCCCUGAUGCUGAGCGAUCUUCAGCUGAUGCAUCUGCUCGAAGUGUCUAAGCAUCUGGGGGCUCUCACUACGGUGCAUGCCGAGCACGGAGGCAUCAUCGCAGAGAACCAGAAAAGGAUCCUCGACCUGGGAAUAACGGGACCUGAAGGCGUGGUCUACAGCCAGCCCGAGGAGGUGGAGGCGGAGGCCACCCUUCGGGCGAUCGUCAUGGCCAAUCAGGUGGCAACGCCGCUGCUUAUCUCUCCGGUGAUGAGCAAGUCCGCGGCUGAAAUGAUUGUACAGAAACGCAACGACGGUUGCGUGGUGUUCGGCCAACCGACGGCGGCCAGCCUGGGGACCGACGGGAGCCACUACUUCAACAAGUGCUGGAGUCACGCGGCCAGUCACGUGACCUCUCCUCCUCUGAAUUCGGACCCCACCACACUCAGCCGCCUCAUGGACUUGCUCGGAUGCGGAGACCUUCACGUCACCGGUUCCCAGCACUGCACGUUUACAACGGCGCAGAGGGCCGUCGGUGCCAACGACUUCACCAAGAUUCCGCACGGAGUGAACGGCGUGGAGGAGAGAAUGCUGGUCAUCUGGGAGAAAGGAGUGAUGACCGGAAAGAUGGACGCCUGCCGUUUUGUGGCCGUCACGAGCACCAACGCUGCAAAGUUGUUCAACAUCUAUCCCAAAAAGGGACGCAUCCAAGCUGGCUCGGAUGCAGACAUCGUCAUCUGGGAUCCCAAGAAGCUGACCACAAUAUCCAAGAAGUCGCACAAUUCCUCGGCCGACUUCAACAUCUUCGAAGGAAUGCAAGUUCGGGGUGGACCUCAGUACGUCAUUUCCGGAGGACACGUGGUGUUGGACGAAGGCCAACUCAAAGUGAGCCAAGGGUCCGGACGCUUCGUUGCCUUGCCGCCGUUCUCACCGCAUACCUUCAGCAGUCUCUUCGAGAGGGAGCGGUCCAGCCAGCAUCUGAAGGUGAACCGUGACGGCUACGACGGACCCGUGGAAGACGUGAUGGUGAACGGAGGCGACGGUUCUACGCCGCUGAAGAACCACUCGACGCCCCAGAGGGGACAGGAGAGUCCCUUCAGCCCGUCCGAGUUCCACACCCGCGGACCCACUCGCAGCGGAGUUCGCAACCAACAGGACUCCAGCUUCAGCCUGUCCGGGGCGCAGAUCGACGACAGCCAAGGCACAAGGAGCGGCAUUCGCGUCCACAACCCACCAGGCGGCAGGUCCAGCGGCAUUUGGUAGAGACCCCCCAUGGAAGGACCAGUGGCGCCUGCUUUACUGUGAAAAAGCUGUCCUCGUGAUCCCUGCCAUGCUAUGUGGCACCCUCCGCCCCCUCACUUCUUACCCUCUUUUUUUUGUUUUCAAGUUCUCUUCAAACCGUCGUACGCCUCGUGAAUUUAUUAGCUGCUGCAACUAUCGCCCACAUGCG